CGGAGCUUCUCUUUACAAACAAGCAACAACUUCAGCCCUUCCUUCAACAUUGCAUUGACUGUGCACAUCAUAGCUUUUGGAUGUGAGCCUCGAUACCAGACAAUGCUCUAGCCUCAAGUUUGGGCCCAUCAUGUCCACCAUUCGCAGCGGCACCAAUGGUGCCAACGGCGUGUACGCGACACCUACGAGCAAGCGAUUUUCCGACAUUCCCUCCGCCAUCGAUGUCCCCGUCCACGGCGAAGCCGAAGAUGAGGCUGUCGAGAUUGACCUCGAGGCCCUCUUCGAUGACCCCACUGAAGUCUGCACCCUGCUGGAGAACGAGCGAGCAGCACGGACGUACUGGAUGACCGUGGCGCUCGCCUACGCCAAGCAGAAGAACGUCGACCACGCGAUAGAAAUGCUCGUCCGCGGCGGCAACUCCAUGCGUGACAACAACCCGCGCGAGAAGCUGAGCUUGGUGGGAUGCCUUUGCUGGAUGUAUCUCUGGAAGGCACGCGAGGCGCCGCGUCUGGCCCCCGAGGGCCAACUCCCCUCCCAGGCCAAGACGAAGGAGCACUAUCUCCAGCUGGCCACGUCGACCCUCAACGAGGCGUCGCGCAUCAACCCGGCCUUCCCGCCUCUGUUCCUGGCUCGCGGCGUGCUCCAGCUUCUCCGGGCCUCGCUACAGACGUCGCUGGGCAAGUUCGACAACGAGAGGACCAACCUCCUGCGCGCCGCCCUGAAGGCUUUUGAGGACGCCAUACGCGUGUCGAACGGAAAGAACAUGCUGGCCGUCAUGGGCAAGGCGAGGGCGUACUUCUCGCUCGGAAAAUACGCCGAAUCUCUCGCCGCGUACCAGGAAGUCCUCGGCAAAAUGCCCGACCUCGUUGAUCCGGACCCGAGAGUUGGAAUUGGAUGUUGCUUCUGGCAGCUUGGAUUCAAGGAGGACGCCAAGCUCGCGUGGGAACGGUCGCUUGAGAUCAACCCGGAGCACAAGGUCGGCAAUAUCCUCCUCGGCCUGUACUACCUCGACGCGAGCGGCCACCUCCCGACCGACAACCCCGAAUUCAUCCGUCUCUACAAGAAAGCCAUGACCGAAUACACCCAGAAGGCGUUCAAAUUAGACAAGAACAUGCCAUUGACGUGCGCCACCUUCGCCAACUACUUCCUUUCGCGGAGGCAGUUCGGCACGGUGGACUUGCUCGCCCACAAAGCCAUUCAAUACACCGACGUCAACGCCAUUGCCAGUGAUGGCUGGUACCUCUUGGCCCGCAAGGAACACCACGAAGGGAACGCCGACCGUGCCAGCGAUUACUACCGCCGCGCGGACGAUGCAAGGGGCGGCGCGGAUCAAGGAUACCUGCCGGCCAAGUUCGGCGCCGCACAGCUGUCCGUCAUGCGCGGCGAUCUGGGCGAAGCCAAGCUCACGCUGGAGAAGCUGGUUCAGCAAUCGAAGCACCACGAAUCCAUGGUUCUCCUCGGCACCCUCUACGCCGAGGAGGUGUUCGCCCACCAGGCAUCCGGCAGCAAAGACGACAAGUCGGCCGAGACGCAGAAGGCCAUUACUCUGCUCGAGGGCGUUCGCAAUUCGUGGAAGGAUCCCAAGAGGCAGUUGAAUGCCGACAGCGCCGUUCUGCUGAACCUCGCCCGGCUGUACGAAGCGCAGCACCCCGAGAAGGCGCUGCAGUGUCUCCUCCAGGUGGAACGGCUAGAGAUGGAUCAGGUCGACGAGGCGCAUCGUCCGCCGGAAGGAACCGACGAGGCCGACGCCAAGAAGGCCUUGCGCCGACACCUCCCUCCCCAGCUGCUCAGCAAUAUGGGCUGUUUUUACUCGCAAGCUGACAAGCACGAACUGGCGAGCGAAAUGUUCGAGGCCGCGUUGGAUGCCUGCAUGAGGCUUGGAGAGAGCGAGGAAGACGCCGACGUGGAUGCCCUCGUGACCACCAUCAGCUUCAACCUAGGGCGAAGCUAUGAGUCGAGGGGCCUCACCGACGAGGCCACGAACGUCUACGAGGGGCUUCUGAAGCGGCACGACGAUUACACGGACGCCCGCGUGCGGCUCGCAUACAUCAACCUCCGCAAGCACCCCCACAAGGAGGGUCCAGAAGCGGUCUCCAAGCUCUUCCGCGAGAACCCCAGGGAUCUGGAAGUCCGUGCCUUGUACGGAUGGUACCUGGGCAAAGUCACGUCUCGGAAAAAGUCGCAGAACAUCAACGAGGACGACGAGUUCCGGCACUACAAGCACACGCUGCGCGACCACGACAAACACGACCGGUACGCCCUGGUCGGGGCCGGCAACCUGCACCUCCUCACGGCGCGGGAGAUGCGGCGCGAGACGGAGAGGGACAAGGCGAAACGGAGCGCCAUGUACACCAAGGCGGUCGAGUUCUUCGACAAGGCGCUCUCGCUCGAUCCGCGGAACGCGUACGCGGCGCAGGGCAUCGCCAUCGCCCUGGUCGAGGACAGGAGGGACUACAAGACGGCGCUGAGCAUCUUUGUCAAGGUCCGCGAGACGGUCAGGGAGUCGCACGUCCACGUCAACCUCGGUCAUGUCUAUGCCGAGCUGAGGCAGUUCACGAAGGCGGUGGAGAACUACGAGGCUGCGCUGGCUAAGGAGGGCAAGGCGAAUGAUGCUCUGAUUCUCGCUUGUCUUGGCCGGACGUGGUUGAACAAGGGGCGGGCGGAGCGGAACCUGGACGCCUAUGUCGAGGCAUUGGCAUUUGCUAAGAGGGCACUCGAGGCCGCCCCGGACCAAGUACACUACAAGUUCAAUGUGGCGUUCGCUCAGAUCCAGCUCGCUUCGACCAUCUAUCAGAUGCCGGAGGCGAGUCGGACUCUGAAGCAAUUGCAGGACGCGGCCGAGGGCCUCGACGCGGCGAUCGUGGCGCUGGACGAGAUCGCGGCGCACCCCCAGACGCCGUACCCCAAGCACGACGUGGAGCAGCGGGCCAACAUGGCGCGCAACACGCAGAGGAGGCAGCUCGAGAGGGCGGUGGCGAGCCAGCGCGAGUACGAGGAGAAGAACAAGGAGAAGCUGCAGGCGGCGCUCGAGAAGCGGCAGGCGGAGCUCCGGCGGCGGGAGGAGGAGCGCGAGCGGGCGACGGCGCUGGAGCGCGAGAAGCAGGAGAAGAUCCGGAAGGAGCGGGAGGCGAUCGCGGUGCGGGACCGGGAGAUGGCGCGGCAGCGGGCGGAGGCGGAGCGGUCGCGCGCCGAGGCGGAGAUGACGACGGAUAGCGAGACGGGGGAGAAGAUGAAGCGGAAGCGCAAGGCCGCGGCGGCGGGGGGGUGGGGGGGGGGGGGGGGGGCGGGGGGGGGGGGGGGCGGGCCGAAGCGGGGAUCGCGGAAGAAGAAGAAGAAGACGACGGCUGCGACGGGCACGGGCACGGAGGGCGAGGAGUCGGAUGAGGAACGGCAGCCGUCGAAGAAGAAGAGGCGGCUGUCGCGGAAGGGCGUCGCGGAGAAGGCGGGCAAGUACAAGUCUGCUGAGAUUGUGGUUGAUAGCAGCGACGAGAGCGGGGGUGGCCGUGUGGGAGGGGAAGAGGAGGAGGAGGAGGAGGAAGGGGGGGAUGAGGAUGAUCCCCUUGAGCGGGCUGAGCGGGCGCUUGAGAGGAAGCAGAGGCGCGGUAGCAGCAGCGGCGGCGGCUUGCCUGACUCUGACGAUGAUGGUGGUGCUGGGCGGCGACGACGGGGCGGCGAUGAGGAUGAGGAGGAUGAGGACGAGGGCCGCGGGGACAAGAUGAAUGUGGAUGUCGACGGCGCGGAUCUGUUUGGGGACGAAGAUGAGGAUGAGGAUGCUGGGGUGUCGGCGCGGCAGCAGCAGAGUAAGCGGACACGGCGGGGCAGGGUGGUUGAGAGCGAUGAAGAGGAAGGGGGGGAAGAGGGAGAGGGAGACGAGGAGCCGGCUGCGGCGUCCAAGGCCGAUGUCAGUAUGGCUGAUGCGGACGACGAUGAGGAGUGAGGGGCUGGUGCGGGCCGACUCUUCUGGGAUCCUCUUCUUAAGAGCGUAAUGAUUUUUUUCGUCCGUAUCUGGGGGAUGUCCUCCCUUCUAGUCAGUUUGUAUGAAUAGUAUAAACAGGUAGAUUGGUAAAAGGUUGGGAUUUUGCGCAUAGAAGCGGUUGCUUUUGCUUUAGUUUGGGGGGGUUCUGGACUUUGACGUGUUGUGAUGCCAGUGCUCUGCUCGGUUCGGCGGGUGAACUGGUCUUCAAACUACCUUAGGAUACUGGGAUAGUGCAAUGCAAUGCGAGAUAUCCGUGGCGUCGUACGUUGCGUCUCGUUGGGUGUCUCUGUGAGGGUGGUACGCCGUGACGGACGUGGCUGGUUGGGGGUUAGGUUGGAUCUGUAGUCUUCAGGGGUUAACAGAUGCGUAAUGGUGAGUAGCCCCUGAUGAGCCUGGGGGGAUGUCUUUAGACGUG